AUGGCCGAAGUUGCUGGUCUCGCACUUGGGGCUGUCGGGGUUGUAGGCCUUAUCGGCGCUUUCAAGGACACCAUCGACCUCUUCGGUCUCUUGGCCGAGUCUCGCGAUCUGGGGCGAGACUAUGAGAUUUUGAGGAUUAAACUCGAUAUACAGAAAACCCUUCUGCUUCAGUGGACUGAUCGAGUAGGCCUCUUACGCCAAGACGACUAUGACCCAUAUCUUGAUCAAGCUCACACUCGGGAAGCAAUCGGUCAUACAUUAAGCUGCAUUCGACUUCUGCUAACGGAUGUGACUACUCUAAAAAACAAGUAUGGACUUGACGAAGCAAACGAUCAAGAGGGUACCACGCCGCUCGUUUCGGUCUCCUCUAUUAGUGCCUGGCGUAUGGGAGUGUUCAGGACUCAAUAUGAUGAUUUCAAGAAACGAAUAGCCCAAGGCAACGACAAGCCUUUCCGCAGCAGGGCACUUUGGGCUGUUCGAGACAAACAAAAGUUUGAAAUUCUCAUCAGAGACCUGGCAGAUCUCAUUACGAGUCUCGAUAAGCUGAUACCUGUCACCAGUAAACAGCCCGCCCUUCGAAAUUUGGCCGAUGACGACGUGAGGAGUAUUUCUGGAUUACAAAACCUAAAGAUGCUGCUUGAAGCCUCCCAGGGGACGCACAGACUCAUCUCAGAGUCUGCCCAACGGAUCAUAUCCCGCGCCUGCGAAGAGAUCAUACUUAACCGACUCUGGUUCAGGAAGAUACAUGAAAGGAGGGAGACCGUGGCCGAUGCCCAUCUGGACACCCUUAAAUGGGCUCUCUAUCCCCCCAAGGACGAGGCUCACUGGCAUGAUCUCUCCCAGUGGCUCCGACAACCUUCUACACAUGAAGUAUACUGGAUAUCUGGCAAAGCCGGCAGCGGAAAGUCCACUCUUAUGAAGUAUCUUUAUACCCGAGAGCGCACCCGCAAGCUACUUAAACAAUGGUCCUAUCCCAGAAUGUGCAUGAUGGCCGACUUUUUCUUCUUCGAUCUCGGAACAGAGGAGCAAAAGUCCUUUGAAGGUUUAUCGCGGGCACUUCUAUACCAACUUCUAAAGCCUAAUCCGUCUCUCAUAAACAAGGCCCUCCCGGAUAUGGUCAAGGAACUCAAGGAAGCGGACAACAAUGAUGCGAGCUUGCCAUCACUAUCAGAAAUUCGAUAUGCGUUCAGGAUUUUAACCCAAGAACCCAACAUGCAGAAGUUUUGCAUAUUUAUCGACGGGCUCGACGAGUUUAGAGGCAACAUUCGGGAAAGUGUUUCGCUGAUCCAAGAGCUCAGUCAGUCUAGUCACAUAAAAGUCCUCGUGUCAAGUCGGCCUACCCCGGCUUGUGUGGCUGUAUACCAGAACUUACCUAAACUAAAACUUCAAGACCUUACACGAAAGGACAUCGGAGCCUAUGUCAAGGAUGUAAUUGGAGGUCAUUCAUACAUGAAGCGUCUUCUCAGGCGAUCACCCGAUGGAGCUAGAAGUGUUAUAAAUCAGCUUGUCGACAAGUCAUCGGGUGUAUUUCUUUGGGUUGUUCUGGCAUGUCGGUCGCUUCUUUCCGGGUUUGAAGACUGUGACAGGCUACCAGAGCUUCAGAAGAGAGUAGACGAGCUACCACCGGAACUCGAGGAUUUUUUCGACCUUAUGCUUGCCAAGAUCAAUCAACGAUACCAAUAUCAGGGGGCAUAUUUGCUGCUUCUGUGCUACGAAAGCCAACGGGCCUCGAGAAGUCCGGGUUGUCCGGCUCUUGCCAAUAUGGACACCCUUGCCUUAGCACUCGUCGACGAUCUCGAUGUGUCAGCAAAUAGCAUCGCGGGUCUUUCUUGGCAGGAUAAGAUAGAUCUCUGCACUGUGCUAGAAGGGAGGCUACGCAGUCGGUGUGGCGGCCUGUUGGAGACUCAGCCGGCUGGCAACAAAAAUGGUCAACUUGUGGGUGGAGUUGUUGUCUUCAUGCACCGUACUGUCUUUGAGUAUUUGAGUAACGAGUCCGUAUGGGAGCAAGACUGCUUGAGAACAGACCCCUAUGGCCCGGCGGUUCCUACAGGCCUAUCGAUGAGAGAUCUAUAUCACAUGAUUCUUCACGUUGCUGAAAUAGACAAGGAGGGCAAAUCCCAAAGAAUUGAGGCGCAGGUGAUCUCAGCUCUACGGAGUGGUUUGUUCUGGACUCAGAGAGGCGACGCCAUAGGCUUCUUUGAACAGCUACCCCACUUCCUAAGUGGACUUGUAGCUUGCAAAUACGAACCCAAGGAUCCGGUUCUCUCAGCUCUAGCCAAGGCUUGUCAUGAGCUACCUGGCACUGCGACAAGAAAUUACUUGCACGCACCCCUCCUCCUGGCCGCUGAUAUUGGUGCCCGAGAGUAUAUGAUCAGAAAUCCUGCAUUCCGCACGCUUAACGGCCCUAGCAUGCCAACAUGUGGCUGCCCUCCAUUAAUCUCUCUUGAAUUUCGGCCGUCAUGGUUCAAUCUAAACACAAGAAGCCGCCCAUCACCGCAGAGUGUCUCAGUGCUUUUGAGAUCCGGGGCCAACCCUCGACUUCGAGAAAAUGUCUUCACGCCCUGGUUGCUCUGGUUGCAAGAACCAUCGGGGCUCACGAGGAAAGACCGGACGAACGACGAAUUGCUCCAGGCUAUGGAUGUCGCUGAGACCAUGGUUAAGUACGACGCUGGGGGAAUCAAGGAUUUGAGGAAGUGGUUAGGCAGUGAUGAGUAUCGCAACCGGCCUAUUCCUGUGACGCAAAGGGGGAACAAAUUGCUUAAGUUCCUUGAUGAACAUGAAAGAAUGAUUUCGAACUUGACUAAAGACCAUAUUUUUGAUAGGAGCAGAUAG